GCGCGCAGGAGCGCGCGGACCCAGCUCCGAGGACGCGGCCGCGGAGAAGGCGGCCGCUGCGCCGUCGGGCAGGAUGCUGACGCCGCUGGUGAUGACGCUGGGCAUGGUGCUGGCGCCCUGCGGGCUGCUGCUCAACCUGGUCAGCACGCUGGCGCCCGGCUGGCGGCUGGUGAAGGGUUUCCAGGACCAGCCGGUGGACGUGGUGCUGUACCAGGGCCUGUGGGACAUCUGCCGCGAGCAGAGCAGCCGCGAGCGCCAGUGCGGCCAGCCAGACGACUGGGACUACUUCUCGGCCGAGCCGGUGCUCGUGGCGCGGGGACUCAUGGUCACCUCGCUGGCCACCACGGCCCUGGGGCUGCUGCUGGCGACGCUCGGGGUGCGCUGCUGGCGGGACGAGCCCCACUUUCUGCUGGCCGGCCUCUCGGGCGUCGUGCUGUUCGUCGCCGGGCUCUUAAGCCUGAUCCCGGUCUCCUGGUACAACCACUUCUUGGGGGACCGCGACGUGCUGCCGGCGCCGGCCAGCCCGGUCACGGUGCACGUCAGCUACUGCCUGGUGCUGGGCUACCUGGGCAGCUGCCUGCUGCUGCUAGGCGGCUUCUCGCUGGCGCUCAGCUUCGCGCCCUGGUGCCAGGAGCGCUGUCGCCGCUGCCGCAAGGCGUCCCGCGCCGACCCGCGCCGCAGCAGCAUCAGUACCGUGUACGUCGACUGGCCCGAGCCCGCUCUCACGCCCGCCAUCAAGUACUACAUGGACGGCCAGCACCGGCCGCGGCCCGCCGAGCAGGGCCCCGCCGGCAAGCCCAAGGCCGGCUUCCCCUUGCCGCGGCCGCCGCCCAAGGCCUACAGCAACCCGGUGGACGUGCUCGACGGGGAGGCGGCAGCCGAGUCCCGCGGCACCUCCUCGCGCAGCACCCGGCUCUGCCAGGGCUCGCUUCCCUGCGACUCCGACCUGUAAACGGCGCACCCCACCCUGCUCUACCCAGGCCCUGGGCUCAGUCCCCGACGGAGACAGGGGACGUGACAAAGGACUCGCCCCCCA